AAAUAAUAAGAAAGCAGAAAAGGAAGGUGCUCGUGAAUUUGCGGUGAGCUUGUUCUUCACAUUCACAUAACAAUCUCUUUCUCUCUCACAUCACACAACGCUUCAUCAUUCCUUGCAGAACCGACAAGCAUCUCAAACAAACAAAGCCACAAUUCAUUCAAAUUCUGCAUCGCAUUUCAACAUACUAUUUCCUACUCCAAACUUGUAUUCACAAUCUCGCCAACAAAGGGUUGAUCUCGGUGGUUGAUUUCAUCAUUUAAGGCAUAACUCAAAUUGCUAUGUUUUAUACCUAAAGCUUUCAUUGUAGAUAGAUAGAGCUUUUAUUGAAUGACAUGAAUUGGGGUAUACCUAAAGAUUCUCCCAAAAUGUCUUACCAUCCAAGGUCACUUUCUUGGAUUGUUGUAUUAGUAGGAGCACUUGCAAUUUUCUUAAUUUAUGCUUCCUUUGUUCUUGUAUCUGCGCCGAUUGGUGCCACUGUUAACGGGUAUUUUUACGGUAUAGGUAGUUCAGAGAAGUUAGAUUUGUCUGUCCCUCACACUCAUGAUGCUUCGAUUGAUACACACUCGAAUAAAAGUUUAGAUCUUGAUGAUAAUAAACCAUCUUUAGAUAAAAAAUCUUUUACCGAGGCUAGUGAUGAUAGCAAUAUAGAACAAAUUGACACUACUAUAAACUCACAAAUAGACAAUAGUAAGUCGAAUUAUGUGAAGCUUCCGACUAGGGAGGAUGUGAAUGAAACUUCUGAUGUAAAAGUUUCGAAUUCACCAGAACCCGUGACUUCAAUUGGAGAUAAAUUAGAUGCGGCCAAUACUAGAUUGCCUGCUAAAGAAAAUUCACAAGUUGAUUCAACUUCAAGUGCAACCGUGCCAGUAGAAAAAGGUACCGAUUCUUCCAAUUCGACAGGGAGUAUUAGGACUGAAGAACCUCCUUCUGCGGUUUCGAUCAAUCAGUCUAGUGAUGCAUUUACAAAGUCAAAUGAGACCUCUGCGACUUCUGAUAAUUCUGCAUCAACAACUGUUCCAGAAUCAGUAGAGAAGCCAGAUAACGCCUCACAUGCCGGUUCAGUUAAUUCAGGCUGUGAUCUGUACCAUGGGAAUUGGGUACAUGAUCCGUUGGGACCACUAUACACAAACAAUACAUGCCCUGUAAUUACACAGAUGCAGAAUUGCCAGGGUAAUGGGAGACCUGACAAAGAUUAUGAGAAUUGGCGGUGGAAGCCCUUCCAAUGUGACAUCCCACGAUUUGAUCCCAAGAAAUUUUUGGAGCUGAUGAGAGGGAAGACCUUGGCUUUCAUUGGAGACUCAGUAGCUCGAAACCAGAUGGAAUCAAUGUUGUGUAUUCUGUGGCAGGUAGAGGUACCGAAGAAUCGGGGAAACCGCAAUAUGCAGCGAUAUUAUUUUAGGUCCGCAUCUGUAAUGAUAGUCCGGAUAUGGUCCUCGUGGCUUGUCAAACAAACAUCCGAACCAUUUGAUUAUGCUCCAGCUGGUGUGGAUAAGCUCCAUCUUGAUGCCCCUGAUACAAAGUUAAUGGAGUAUAUCCCAAACUUCGACGUGGUUGUCCUUUCUUCUGGUCAUUGGUUUGCUAAGCAGUCUGUGUAUAUCUUAAACAAUGAGAUAGUGGGAGGGCAGUUAUGGUGGCCAGACAAGUCUAAGCAAAUGAAGGUAAACAAUAUUCAAGCAUAUGGUAUAUCUGUCGAAACAAUUCUUACCGCUCUUGCUGCACAUCCAACUUACAAAGGUCUUACAAUUGUGAGAUCCUAUUCACCCGAUCAUUAUGAGGGUGGAGCCUGGAACACAGGUGGAUCAUGCACCGGGAAGGUUAAGCCUAUUACACUUGGCAAACUCGUAGAAAACGAGUACACAAAUACAAUGCAUGGGCAACAGGUUACAGGUUUUAAUCGUGCUAUGGAAAAGGCUACAAAUCAAUCAAAGUUGAAGUUAAUGGACAUUACCAAAGUUUUUCAAUACCGGCAUGAUGGUCAUCCUGGGCCUUACAGGAGCCCUGACCCAAAUAAGAUCACAAAACGUGGCCCAGAUGGAAGGCCACCACCACAGGAUUGCUUGCACUGGUGCAUGCCAGGUCCUGUCGAUACCUGGAAUGAACUUGUGCUGGAAAUCAUCAAGAGAGAAUAUGAAGGUGGAAGUGCGUCAUGAGAUGUUAUGCUCACCUCUCGUUAGAUAUGCUUAAAGAGUGCAAACAUCCCUUCUAUUUUUCAAAUGACUGAUUACUGCCCUGUAUUCAUUGGGAGAUUGCAAAUGACACCCCUCCUCUAUUUUAUUUUGCACAAUAGAUAGGAGUUGUUUGUAAUUAAGGGAAGUUGAAUAUUUGUUACUAUAUAUAGAGGUGAUGAAUGUGUCAUUUAAGCAAGCAUACUUUAGAGGAGGUGGGGGAUGUAAUAUUCUCUUUAUUUUACUUUGUUUAUUUGACAUUGAGGCUUCAUGUUCUGCUUGUACACUCAUGAGGUUGAAUUAUGUAAAUUUGACUUUAUAGAGAGGUAAAAAUAGGGAUCGGAUGUAUCUUCUUUUCACAGAAUAAUUUGAUAUUAUAGAGAAAUUAUUUAAUUA